AUGUCUCCAGAUCUGGAGUCUAUAACUGAUACAGGCAACAAGAUCUCGCGCCGAGCCCAAAUCACCGGCACCGCCAACAUCACCCUUGGCGGCAAAACAGUCAUCCAAUCCGACGUUGUUCUUCGCGGCGACCUGCACCGACUGCCCCAGAGGAAGGAAGAUGGCACUAUGGAGCGGACGCCCACAGCCAUCAGCAUAGGACGCUACACGGUCAUUAGUAGCGGUUGCGUGCUGAGGCCGCCGGGAAGGAACUCGGGUGGGACGUGGCGCUACUAUGGGAUGAAGGUUGGGGACAAUGUCUUCGUCGGACCAAAUACAAUCCUCUCUUCCGCCUCCAUCUCCAGUCACGUGCACAUCGGAGCCUCCUGUACACUUGGCGACUUCAGCAUAAUAAAUUCUAACGUCAAGAUCCUACCCGGUACCGUGGUGCCGGCCUUGAUGGUCGUGCCACCAGGUGUCGUCUUGGGCGGACAGCCCGCGCGUGUUGUUGGGGAGCUUGGAGAAGGCUGGGGCGGGGGCGGGAAUGGGGUUGGAGGAGGUGAGGAAGCAUGGACGGAGGGAGGGGAACUGAGAGAGUUGGUGAGGGCUAUCCGAUGA